UAUUGUUUUUAAGUCUGAAGAAACUGAGGAGUGGAAUCCAGAAAACAGAUGGGUGGAUUGGAUGUGCUCCAUAGGAGGGCACAUGUUUCACUAUGAAGGGUAUGGACAGGUAAGGAUGGAUGGCAAAUGGACUUGUGAACUCUGGUAUACACUGUCACGUGUGUGCAUCCUCUGCACAUGGUUGUGCUGUGUGCACUUUACUGUACAGUCCUGUGUAGAGGGCAGUAGUGCAGCGUCUUUAUUUCAAGCCCGGGAUGUCCAGAAGCAAGUGUAAAAGCAGUGGUGAUAUAGCUGAUCCUACUGUACUUUUCAAGGGACCCACGAAGUGGUGGCUAAACCCAGUCCAGUCACCACUCGUCAGCCAAGGGCCAGAGAUCAGGAAAGGAAGAAGGGCAGCUUUACCUCCUCCCUGAGGAUGGAGCCUCACAGCCGUUCCGGAAAGAGCAGAAAAUCCACCAAGUUGCGGUCCAUCUCCCGCUCCCUGAUCCUCUGUAACGCCCAGACCAGUGAUGACAGCUCAAGCCCUGAUGAGAGAUACCCUGACCCCUUUGAGAUUUCCCUGGGCCAGGGCAAGGAGGGAAUUUUCCAUUCAUCCGUGCAGCUGGCAGACACGUCAGAGGCCGCGCCCCGCAGCGUUCCUGACCUCACAUUGUCCUCUGAGGCCACACAACUCCAGGCAGCUGGGAACGAUCGAGGCAAGGCCUGCAGGAGGAUGUUCUUCAUGAAGGAAACUACUACAACUUCCUCUCGAGAAAAGUCUGGAAAACUGGACCCACAAAGUAAUAACUUCCUGUUUCCCAAAGCGUGUCAUCAAAGAACACGCAGCAACUCAACCAGUGUCAAUCCCUAUUGCACAGGAGAGACAGAUUUUUCGACGACCAAGAAGUCAGCGGCUUCCGGGGACAGGCAGCCUUAUUCCCUCUGCAGCGGCAGGAAGUCUCUCUCUCAACAACUGGACUUUUCCGCAGCAAAGUUUGUG